CUGGAUACAGCAGAUCACUCCAGGAGAAUCCAGUUCAGGGUAGCUUCAUCCUCUCUGCCAUUCCUUCGUUAGCUUGUCUCUGAAGCCAUUCAUCAGUCAGCAUGAGUUUCUACCAGCGUACCACCUAUUCCAGUGGCCCUGCAGGCUUCACUGGAGGCUCUGUGGUCAGCCAGCGCCGUGUGGGCUCACUGUCCUCGGCACCUAAAGCCUUCAGUGUCUACGGAGGUGGCUCAGGCAGCACCCGAAUCUCCUCAGGAUUCUCAAGGACUGUGUCUUCUGGCUAUGGUGGUGGACGGGGCCUGGCUGGAGAUGGUGGCUUCAGCCUGGCUUCUGCCCUGGACAGUGAGAGUGUUCAAAUGAAUGAGAAGGCCACCAUGCAGAACCUGAAUGAUCGUCUGGCCUCCUACCUGGAAAAGGUCCGCUCCCUGGAAGCUGCCAAUGCAAAACUGGAGCUGAAGAUCCGUGAGUACUAUGAGAAGAAAGGACCAAUUGCUGAGAGAGAUUACAGUGCAUACUGGGCCACCAUCAAUGACCUGAAGGAUAAGAUCAAGAAUGCCACUAUCAGCAACGCCAACAUCCUCCUGCAGAUUGACAAUUCAAAACUGGCUGCAGAUGACUUCAAAACAAAAUAUGAGCAUGAGUUGAUAAUGCGACAGUCCGUGGAGGCUGACAUUGCCAACUUGCGACGCCUGCUGGACCAGACCACCUUGACUAAGGCUGACCUUGAGAUGCAGAUCGAAGGUCUGCAGGAUGAGUUGGCCUACCUGAAGAAGAACCAUCAGGAGGAACUGGCAGCUCUGAGAUCUCAGCUGUCUGGAAAUGUGAACGUGGAGGUAGACGCUCCUCCUCAGCAGGACCUGAACAAGGUUUUGGAGGAGAUCCGCUCACAGUACGAGGCCAUCACAGAAAAACACCGCAGAGACCAAGAGGCUUGGUUCAAUGACAAGUCGGCAGCACUAACCAAGGAGGUUGCCAUCAGCACAGAGACCAUUCAGACCUCCAAGACAGAGAUCACAGACUUGAGGCGAACCCUGCAGGGCUUAGAAAUUGAACUACAAUCACAACUAAGCAUGAAAGCAGCCCUCGAGAACACGCUAGCCGAGACAGAAGCUCGCUACAGUGCUAUGCUAGCAGGCUUCCAGAACCAGAUUAACAUGCUAGAGUCAGAUUUGGCACAGGUACGUGCCAGCAUUGAGCAGCAGGGCCGCGAAUACUCCAUGUUGCUGGAUAUCAAGAGCCGCCUAGAGCAGGAGAUCGCCACCUACAGAAGCCUCCUGGAGAAGGAGGAGUCCAGGCCUCCUGGCACAGGUGGAUCCAGCACGAUCACUACCACCACCACCACGCGCACAGUCAGCUAAGCAGAGCACUGCGUUCUGAGAAACACACACACACACUAAAACAUUGUUUCAGUGGGUCAUUGCUUAUGGUAUGACAGUUAACAAUUGUCAAUCAUAGUCGUAAAACCCAGGAAAUAACUGUUUGAAUUUGAUAAUGAUUAAAUCCACUUCCUUGUUGUUGUGUGUGAGCAAAACCUGUCUCCGGAAAUAAAGCUGCUGGCAAAUUUA